AAUCUCGUGCUUCGGACUGCGGGAAUAUAUUUGGGAAAUACGACGAAGAUGGACGUAUCGCGCUCCUUUGAGAUAUUUCCAGGUAGCUCUUCGCAAUAGCGCGACGUGACGGAAGAUUACUCUCCUCGAUUACCGGUCUUUCUCGGUGAAAGUUCUUUAACGUCGAGACGAUUCGUGAGUUGUCGCUUCGAAAAUGUCCGUGACCUUCGCACAACGCGGCAGGCCACCUCCAAAUCCUGCCCAGAUACAAAAGAUGCUUGAUGAGAAUAGCCAGCUUAUACAAAUGAUUCAAGAAUAUCAAAACAAGGGCAAAGCACAGGAAUGUGUACAGUAUCAGCAAAUGCUACAUCGCAACUUGGUAUAUUUAGCAUCUAUCGCUGAUGUAAACCAGAAUCUUCAGACUUUAUUACCUCUACCUCAAGGUAUUCCUAAUGGUCCUCAACAUGGUAUGAUGAAUCCACAAGGACUUCCAAGUGGUCCAGGUGGUGCAACUGGUCCUGGAGGAGAAAUGCCACCAAAUACGCAGCCAACAAUGCCAAUGUCGACGUUUAAUCAAGGCCAACCAAUGGCACAAGGUUAUCGUGGGCCUGUAAUGCCUGGCCAAGGACCUACCAUAAAUAGACCUCCAACUGCACCAGGUCCACAACAAUAUAGAGGUCCACAAGGUUAUCCUCAGCAACCUUCUCAACAAGGUUAUCCUGCUCAAUACACUGGUCAAAAUCCUGGCUCAAACUACCAAGGUCCACAAGGAUCUGCAUACACUCCGGGUCAACCAAAUCAAUAUGGACCGCCAAACGCUUCUCAACAGCAAGGAUAUAAUGCAGCAACGCAGCCAAAUUAUGGUCCUCCAACUACAGUAAACAGUUAUGGUCCACAACCAGGUGGUUAUCCACCACCAGGCACAGCUCAGCCACUUUCAGGAUAUGGACCACCGCCGCCAAACCAACAAGGUUAUCCACCUUCAAAUGCCUCACAACAGAAUUUCUCAUCAGGUAGUCAACAACAACAACCAGGACAAUACGGCAGUCCUAGUCCACAACCAAAUUAUCAGCAGCCUCCGUCCCAAGCGCCACCUCAAAACGCAUACGCUGCUGGACAACCUGGAAGUUAUCCUCCUCCUUCCUCACAGACAUAUGCGAACAAUGUCCCACCGCAAAAUUAUCCACCACCUCCGACAACUAAUGCGACUCAACCUCCACAACCUGGGUCGCAGCAAAACGCGGGUCCGCAACCCAAUUAUGUUAGCCAACCAAGUCCAGGUCCUGGCGCGACGCAGUACGGUCCCGCCUCUACAUCUCCGCCAUUUAGCACCUCCUCUGCGAGCAGCAAUACUUAUGCCCAAAGCAGUCAGCCAACAAGCACACCAUCUGCCUCGACGCAGACAUAUCCGCCGAAUAGCGGUCCGCCACCAACAUCGCAAGGUGGAAGCUAUGCACCCCCGGUGCCACCAACACCUUCUGGAUAUCCCGUUCAUCAAACACCACAUCCAACGUCGCAUCCCCCGCAUCCACCCCCACCGCACACUCAAUCACCACAUCAACCACCGCACACUCCGCAUCAACCACCUCACCAACCAACUCAUCAGUCAUCCCAUCAACCACCGCAUCAAUCACCGCACCAGCCACCGCAACAAUCUCAGCAACAGUCGCAAACAGCUCCGCAGACGCAACAGCAACCGUCUCAGAGUCCAGCUCCGAGUGGAUUUCAACCUCCAUCUGGUCCACCACAAGGUCCUGCUCCACCACCAGGCCCUCAACAACAACCUGCCUAUGGGCCGACUACUACACAAACAUAUGUUCCACCGACUCCAGGAGGACAACCACAGAUUUAUAGUCCUCAUCCACCACAAGGGGGACAACAUUAUGGGCAUCCUCAAUAUCCUCCUCAAAGUUAUCCUCCACCGCCUGCAGGACAAGGAUAUCCACAAUAUCCACCACGACCACCUGGUGGCCAUAUGCCUCCUCCACCUGGACCACAAGGACCUCCUCCUCCUAAUCAAUAUGGAGGUUACGGUUAUCAGCCACCCACACAAUAAAUACAUCAAUAAC